UAGACAGAUAAAACAAUCCAAUUUCACUAGCAAAUCUUUACUUCUUCUUCUUCUCUUUACGUCCUAAACGCUUCCGUCCCUCCUUCGCCGCAACCAUGAAGUGCAUUCUGGUAACCCUUCUCCUGGUGGCCUGCGUCAGCGCCAAUGUUAUUCGCGAAAAACGACAACUGACCGGUGGUUCCGCCAGCUGCACGGCUGAACAGAAAGCUCAGUGCGGUUCGGUGCAGUGCCAGAACAACGGCAACACCAACACCCAAGUUAACAGCGGUGGUAACACCGGUGGCGCUGGUCUCAUCAGUGGCAUCCCUCUCAAUCUCCUUAACGGUGCCGGUGUCCAGGUGCCGGUCAACGCCAAUGUCUGCCCACCCGUGUCCGUGUGCAACACCUGUUUGGCUUUCAACAUCCUGGGUUAAACGCCAACUCGUGUAAUUCUCCUGUCUGGAUCGUUUUCGAAUUUAUGUCCAAAGUUCGGAAAAUGUGAAUGCCACAGUUUCAUAAUAUUUAUGAGCUAUAAAUCCAUGAAAAUGUGAUCGAUGAACAUUGGUUGACCUUAUAAAUAAAACGUGAAUCAACUAAA